AUGAGGGCGGCGCUCCGCGCUCCGCUGCGGGCAUCUAAUUUUGAUCCCGCAACGGCCCUUCGAUAUUCGACUUCUACCCACCCUCCCUCUAGCCCGUCGUUGCUACAACCGCGAGCCCCUUCGAUAAUUCGCAAGCCAAUUUCCUCAUUUGCGCAAGGAUUUCGGGAGUCAUGUCGAUACCGCGCCCCCGGGCAGAUCGGGCCCUUCACGUCUUGCGCUCCUUUCUCCUCGAAAACGGCGACUUUGCUGGGAAAUAGUGGCGGUAAUGCCGGGGAAAACACAGGUUCGGGUCGAUCACAGAAGAGGCUUGUGAAAUAUGCGAUCAUUGGCGGAACGCUGGUCGUCGGAGCCGUGGUGUUCUCGGACGACGCUCAGCAUAUCUACCGCGCCGCGCAGAGAACGGGGAGGGUUGUCGGCACAUUAGCGGUGUGUAUUAACGAUUACCGAGUCACCCUCAAGCAAGAAAGCUCGUCGCCCGAAGAACGGAGUGAAAACAUCCGGGCUUGCCACAAACGAUGCGCCGAACGAACCCUGCGAGUUCUCGAGAAGAACGGCUCCAUCUUCAUCAAGCUGGGACAGCAUCUGAGUAGCAUGGGUUAUUUGCUUCCACUGGAGUGGACGACGACCUUUGUUCCGCUGCAAGACAAGUGCCCCGUUUCGUCGAUCGAAUCCAUCGAGCAAAUGUUUGUGGCGGACACGGGCCGCCGCAUCGACGAGCUCUUCUCUUCCUUUGACUCGGAGCCCAUCGGCGCUGCGUCUCUGGCCCAGGUCCACAUCGGUACGCUGAGGGAGACCGGCCAGAAAGUCGCGGUGAAAGUGCAACAUCCGGCGUUGGCGGAAUGGGUACCCUUGGACCUCGCCUUGACUCGGUUCACGUUCUCGAUGCUGAAGCGCUUCUUCCCCGAAUAUGAUCUGGAAUGGCUGUCGAAGGAAAUGGAUUUCUCUUUGCCUCAGGAAUUGGAUUUCCGCAUGGAGGCGGACAACGCUACGAGAGCGAGCGAGUACUUCAAGGCGCACUCGGAUGCUCCAUUGGUUAUCCCGGAUGUUAUGUGGGCUCAGAAACGGAUCCUCGUGAUGGAAUUUAUCUCUGGCAAUCGACCUGAUGACCUGGAGUACCUGGACUCCAACCACAUCAAUCGGGACGAAGUCUCCGCGACACUGGCACAUAUAUUCAACGAGAUGAUCUUUGGCGACAAUGCCCCUCUGCACUGUGAUCCGCACGGCGGAAACAUCGCCAUCCGAAAGAACCCCAGUCAACGUCACGGCUUCGAGAUCAUCCUCUACGACCAUGGCCUGUACCGCGAUAUCCCUCGCGAACUGCGCCGCAACUACGCCAAGAUGUGGCUCGCAGUCAUCGACGCGGACGAAGGGCGCAUGCGCGAGUAUGCGCGCAAGGUGGCAGGCAUCACCGACGAGCAGUUCCCGCUCUUUGCUAGCGCCAUUACCGGUCGAGACUACACCAAGGUUACGAAGAAGAACAUCGUCUCUCAACGCACUAACGCCGAGCGUGACAGCAUGUCCGGUGCCCUCGGCGAGGGCAUGUUGCAACAGCUGGUCGAAUUGCUCGGUCAAGUUCCCCGGAUCAUCCUUUUGAUUCUCAAGACCAACGACCUCACCCGCAGCCUGGACGAAAACCUUCACACCCGACAGGGUCCCGUCCGCACAUUCCUGAUCCUCGCUCGCUACGCCACCCGCACGGUGUUCGAGGAACAAAUAGAAUCGAUCAACGAGACAGGCGGGAUCCUGCGCAUCGGGAAUUUCCUCCGCUUCCUCCGUGCCUGGACCGGGUUCCUUCGCGUCGAGCUAAAGUUGUCCGUCUACGAGACCCUGCUGUCUCUGAAGUCGCGGUUCGCUCAACUCUGGUAG